GACACCCGAACCCUUUGAGUUACAUCGCACGACACGACACCAAUCGAACCCAACCAAACCCAACCCAACCAAAUCGGAUCCAACCAAAACCAACCGAAUCCAACUGCGCCAAACCAAAACAGAGCCAUGAAUUCGUCGUUCUCCCGCAACGCCCGGAGGGGGUCCGGGCACCGCCUGGGCCUCCCCCGGCCGUCCCUCGACUCGAUGCGGACCAGCCGCUCCGGCCAUCUUUCGGACGCCGACACCGACUACGACUCGAACUACGACAACGACUACGACAACGCUGCCGAAGAGGAGGAGGGCCUCCUGUCGCGGAGGCACGGGGAGGCCGCCGAGGCCGGAGGGACCACCAGCAACAGGGCAAGGGCCGGAGGCAAGCGUGCCGCCCCCUCCACCGACCAGGAGGUCCUCGACGAGUACGAGAAKCAGGACCGGGAGCAGCGGAAAAAGGCCCGGCGCAAGGUGCACCGGUGCGUCACCCAGGAGGACCUCACCGGCCCGAGGGGCCUGGUGGCGGUCCGCGGGGAACUCCCCCUGCGCUUCCGCGGGCUCUCGGCCUCGAGGACCCCCCGGUCCAUGGCGUCCUACUCCCGCCGGCUCGUCUCGGCCUAUUCCGACUGGAUGGAGGCCAUGACGAACGGCCUGCCCCUGGGGGAGCAGUCCUGGAAGCUCCGGGCCCUGGGGUCCAAGACGGGCGUCAAGCAGUGCCUUGCGGGCAUGCGCAACACGGUCCGGGACGACCGCGUCGAGCGCCUGCUGGGGCUGGAGAAAGCCGGCGACCUCCUCCGCCAGCUCGAGGACUACUACCGGGAGGAGGAACACGAACAAGAACCAGAGCAGCACGAGCACCACGCACCGGAGGACGAAAACGUGCCGCCGGCAGCGGGAGGACCCGACUCUCCCGCGAAGGCUCCGGCCCCCGUGACCAAUCCCUACGCCGGCAAGACCGGCGGCGGCCACAAGGACCGCGGGGCCCCUGUCAACCCGGUCGUGAGCCCCUCCGCCGGAGGCGGCGGCGAGUCCGCGGAGGCUUCCGCUUCGGACGUUCCCCUCGACGACCCCCUCGAGCGCCGGCUGCUCCGGACCCAGCGGAGGCGGGCCGCCCUGCAGGACUCGGACGAAGACGACGACGACGAAGAAGAAGCCCUCUUUGCCGACGUCGUGCCGGGAGGCACCGACGCGAAAGACACCGAUCCAGRGAAUCCAAACAGGAGACGCGUCCUCGACGACGACAGCGACGACGAGGACCCACCCGAACCAGAGAAGGGAGACAACAACGACGAAACAUUCGAACAAGUGGAGGAAGCGGCAGCGGCGGUGCCCGASACCGGCUCGAACGACGGGGCCGUAGAGGCGCGGGGCACCGGCGAGAAGGAAAAAGACCCACGGAACAAGGACGGCGACACGGACGGCGAUCCGGCGCCACCCCCGCCGGCAGCGACCAGCGGUGUCGACGAGGGCCGGUUCCGGGCCAUCCGGGACCUUUUGGGGGGAGGCGACGCCGAAGAAAGUGGGCAGCCCCCGAAAGGCGACGAAUGGGAUCCCCCGGAGGAAGGGGACCGAGCCGGUCCUGCUUCGAACGAGGCCCCGGAGGAAGGGGAGGAGGCCGGGGCCGAGCAGGCCACCUUCCAGUAGAGCAAAAACGCAAACCAGACGAUGCAUGCGUUGUACCGAUAUCUUUCAAAUCGUAAUACAAUAUUCCAUUAGCA